AUGUAUGUACUUUUGUUAUUUUGCGUACUUGGUGUAACCUCGGCGUUGGAAAAUGGACUAGCUUUGACCCCGCCUAUGGGAUGGUUGACAUGGCAACGGUUUAGAUGCAUCACGGACUGCAAGACGUACCCGGAUGAAUGUAUAAGCGAAGCUUUAAUAAGGCGUACAGCGGAUAAAAUGGUGAGCGACGGCUAUCUGGCCGCGGGGUAUAAUUAUGUCGGCAUAGAUGAUUGCUGGAUGGAGAAAGAUCGUGAUAAGGAUGGCAGACUGGUGCCGGAUGCUACACGCUUCCCUAAUGGCAUGAAGGGGAUUGGUGAUUAUCUUCAUUCAAAAGGCUUGAAAUUCUUUCUGUAUCAAGACUACGGAAACAAAACAUGUGCGGGCUACCCUGGCGUGCUAGGCCAUGAAAAGAUCGAUGUGGACUCAUUUGUAGGAUGGGGAGUGGAUUAUAUAAAACUGGAUGGGUGUAAUGUCGAACUGUCUAAAAUGGAUACAGGAUAUCCUGAAUUUGGUAGAAUUAUGAAUGAAAGUGGGCGACCAAUGGUGUACUCGUGCAGUUGGCCUGCGUAUCAAGACAAACCCGACUACAAGUCGAUUAGAGAGCAUUGCAAUCUGUGGAGGAACACUGAUGAUAUACAGGACUCCUGGGCAUCUCUCACCAGUAUCAUGGACUGGUUUGCGGAAAGACCUGAACUGGUGGAAUUCGCUGGUCCUGGGCAUUGGAAUGACCCUGAUAUGCUUUUAAUCGGCAACUACGGUCUAUCUGUGGACCAGGCAAGGGUCCAGAUGGCAGUCUGGUCGAUCAUGGCAGCACCCCUGAUGAUGAGCGUCGAUCUGAAUACUAUCAAAGACGAGUUCAAGCAAAUUCUGCUUAAUGAUAGAGUAAUUGAAAUAGAUCAGGAUGAAAUGGGAAAACAGGGCAUGCGGGUCUGGAAUAAGUCAAGAUGCGAGAUUUGGAGUCGGGAAUUAUCGAAUGGUUACGCGGUGGCGUUUGUGAGCAGACGCGAUGAUGGCGCCCCCUACACUGUAGCCGCUGCAUUUAAUGACAUGAGGAUACCCGAACAGAAUUACCAUGUGGAGGAGCUUUUUGACCAAGAAGCUUCGCGAUCGUAUGGAACAAAGGACAAAACCUUCAAAUCUAGAAUUAAUCCUUCGGGCGUCAAAUUUUACAAGUUUACACCAAUAAAAUCGAAUGAAAUAAAUGUCACUAGAAUAACCAAUCGUCAAUGA